AUGGUCUACAUCGGCAUCCCCAAGAACUACACGGCUUCGCCGUCUUCCUUUGCCGGAACUCCGUCCUUGACGAUCAAUUACCAGGCAACGCAAGAUCUUGAUUCUACCAAUGCUUUUGAAGGUCCAGAGAAACUCUUGGAGGUGUGGUUCUCGCCUUCCGCUCAGGAAUUAGGUCCGGCGCAGCCUGCCGGUCUGAAGGCUGUGCCCGAGGAGAUCUGGAAGGACAUGCUGGAUCUCGUCAAUUGUCAAGUCCUCUCUAUUGUUUCGUCGGAGGAUGUGGACGCCUACCUGCUCUCCGAGUCCAGCAUGUUCGUCUGGCCUCACAAACUCAUCCUGAAAACCUGCGGAACCACCACUCUUCUCUCCGGUCUGCCACGCAUUCUCGAGAUUGCUGCUCUAUUCGGUGGCUUCCCCAAGUCUACCGCUCCUUCCCGCGGAAUCUCCGUCGCCGCCGCGCCCUACCGCGUGUUCUACAGCCGAAAGAACUUCCUCUUCCCCGACCGCCAGCGCGGUCCUCACCGCAGCUGGAGGGACGAAGUGCGGACCAUGGAUAAGCUCUUUCUCAACGGCAGCGCCUACAUGAUUGGCAAGAUGAACGGCGAGCAUUGGUACUUGUACCUGACUGAACCUCAUACCAUGCUCACCCCGCCAACGAGCCCGGGAGCGAAGACUGAAUUUACGGAAACGGAGACCAAGGUCCUCAGCGUACCUCAGGGCGCUGCUCUGCAGGCUGAUACCGAGGAUGAGACUUUGGAAGUCUUGAUGACCGACCUGGACGAGGAGAAUGCUAAGCAGUUCUACCUCGAGCAUGCCACCGCCGUUGCGGAGACCCGUUAUCACAACUUCGAUGCGGAGAAGAGUGACCACGUCGAUGUGUUCAGCAACACGUCCUCCGAUAUCAGCGACCUGGACUCCGAAGGAAGCCGGGUUCUACCUCCGGAAUUGACUACCGAGGGCCACGCGCUCGGAACUGUGGUUUCUGAAGCCUGUGGACUUUCCGAUGUGUAUCCUAAGGAGAAGUAUCCCGAUUCGCGCAUCGAUGCCUACCUAUUCACACCAUGCGGCUUCUCCGCCAACGGCCCUCAUUGCUCGUAUGCGUCCUUUGAGACCAACGUGCCGCACUCGCAGAACGGCCAGACUACUGCUGGAAUCAUCAAGCAAGUGGUCGACAUCUUCAAGCCCGGCCGCUUCAGCGUCACUCUCUUUGAGGCCAAGCCAGCGCUGAGCCAGAUCGAGGACGAGUGGAAGGAAGCCAAGUACCUGGCUGCUCGUCGGACCGCCAAAAUGGAGCAUGUGGAGGGAUAUCGCCGGGUGGACCGGAUUGUCCACGACCUCGAUGGCUAUGAGCUUGUGUUCCGCUACUAUGAACGCCUGGACUGGAAAGGGGGGCCCCUCGGCUGGGAGAUGAGAAGUUUUGAAGAACAAGCCAUAGCACGUCGAGAUAUCAUUUCCUGCAGAACUUGA